GGCUUUGACAAGCAUUGCUAAAAAACCUAACCUACAAAUUCCUAACCCUAAAAAUUGUGUUUUCCAUUUACAUAAUAUACACUAAUAUUGAAUGUUUAAUUAAAUUAGUUCAACUUCUGUUCUGUGAAAAAAUAUCCAAAAUGGCUUUAAGUCAUUUUGAUGAAAGGAGAGGAGUCGUCAAAUGUAAAACCUCGUUUGGAUCUUGGUGGCAAACCGUUGGAGAAGUUCAUAUAGCUAUAAAUAUUCCAAAAGAAACAAGAAGUAAAAAUGUUCAGAUUGUUGUUUCCCCUAAACAUUUAAAAUGCACUGUUUUAGGAAAAGUUCUUUUAGAGGGCGAAUUGUAUGAAACUGUUCGCGGAGACGAUUUUGUGUGGACGAUAGAGGAAAAUGAAGACAAAUCCAAAGACAUUUGCCUCGUGCUUUCCAAAGCAGCAUACGAGAAAUCUGACAAACUAUGUUGGGAAUCGUUGAUGACCGGCCAUAACUAUCACCCAGAUCUGAUGACAUUCUCCGAGAUGAGAAAACAGAUCGAUUUGGAACUUUUCCAAAUUGAGAACCCAGGGAUGGACUUCAGCAGAGCUAAACUUUCGAAAUCCUACGACAAAGUCCCCAUGUAUCCUGACAAUACAAAUCCAGGUUUCAACCAAGAUGUCGCACAACAAUUUAGUGACAUGGAGGGACAACCAAGAAACUUUGAAGAUUAUUCUGAUGAUCGAUGAAAUAAUAAUAUAAUUAAGGAAUAAUUGAUAAUAUAUAAGUAUAAAUAAUAAUAUACCAUUAAGGACCCGGUCACACUGAAAGCGAUCUACGAUCCCAUGAAUUUCUUCAUC